AUGCAAAAUUCAGGAAACCUCACAUACGAGCUAAAUGCUCAACAAACAUAUUCAGAAUUUCAACAUGAAAUUUGGGAUCUUUUAAAUAAACAAGGCAACCUAAACAACAUUCCUGACACUCAAACUUAUAGACAAAUUAGGUACUACUCUGUUAUUGGUCCAGCUGCUCUUUCUCCAGAGGAACUAGACAGGUAUAACAGGUUAAUUAACGACAUGCUAUCAAUAUACAACGCUGCCUCAGUUUGUGCCCUGAAUGAACAUUUUCACUGUGGACUGAGACUCCAACCAGACUUAACAAAAAUAAUGGCAAAUAGUCGAAAUUGGGAAGAGCUUCAACAUGUCUGGACAGAAUGGAGGCGAAAUUCAGGACAAAAAAUGAAGGACACUUAUGAUCAAAUGGUUAAAAUAUCAAAUAAAGCGGCUAGACUGAAUAAUUUCACUGAUACUGCCGACUACUGGAGCUUCCCGUUUGAAUCGCCAGCAUUGACUGUAGACUUGGAGGAUGCAUGGGAAGAAGUGAAACCAUUAUAUGAACUGCUUCACGCUUACGUGCGUCGAAGGUUGCGUGAAUAUUACGGACCAGAAAGAGUAAGCAGGCAAGCACCUCUGCCAGCGCAUAUAUUGGGAAACAUGUGGGCACAGUCCUGGGAAAAUAUUUUCCACAUCACACAGCCUUAUCCAGGAAAAACGUUUUUAGAUGUUACACCAGAAAUGGAGAGACAGGGUUAUUCUUCCAUUGAUAUGUUCAGGCUGGCCGAAGAUUUCUUCGUCUCACUUAAUAUGAGUGCAUUGCCACUAGACUUUUGGCAAGGGUCAAUUUUUGAAGAACCUUUGGAUAGAGUUGUACUUUGUCAACCAUCUGCAUGGGACUUUUGCAACAGAAGAGAUUUUAGGAUCAAGAUGUGUACCAAUGUUAACAUGAAGGAUUUAAUAACAGCUCAUCAUGAAACAGCUCACAUUCAUUAUUUCAUGCAGUACAAGAAUCAACCAAAAGUGUUCAGAGAUGGAGCAAAUCCUGCUUUCCAUGAGGCAAUAGGAGAAGCAAUUGGAUUAUCAGUAAGCACUCCCAGACAUUUGCAAGCCCUAGGACUAGUGCAGCCUUCUGUGGAUGAUACCGCAGUUGAUAUAAACUACCUUUAUUCUAUGGCACUAGAAAAGGUUGCCUUUUUACCCUUCGCUUACGUAAUGGAUAAAUGGAGAUAUGACGUCUUCAAAGGUGAAAUUGGUAAAGAUCAAUAUAAUUGCCAUUGGUGGAGACUGAGUGAACAGUAUCAGGGAAUUAAACCUCCUGUAUUAAGAUCCGAAAUAGAUUUCGACCCAGGAGCGAAAUAUCACAUUCCAGCAAACAUUCCUUAUUUAAGGUAAGCAAUACUUUUUUAUGUUAUUUAAAAGGAAAUAGUUAUAUAGAAAAUAUAUUUUAAUAACAAAAAUCACAAAAGCAACAGAAGGUAAUACUGAUAAAGAUAAAAACAAUGUAAAGACAGCUAUUAAAUAAUAUCACUAGUGAUAUUCAUGACCUUCGAUGUCGCCUCCUCCAUAACCGGAAAUAU